AUGGCCUCCCAGACCGAGAAAAUGUCACAAGCGACCGCACAUAUGGAUGAGAAAAUCGAUCUGCAAACAAUUUCAAGCCGUAUUAAGAACGGUGAAAUCACUCGCGUCGUUGUCCUGGCUGGUGCUGGUAUCAGUACUGCCGCCGGAAUACCUGACUUCCGAUCACCCAACACCGGUCUAUACGACAGACUCGCGCCUUUGAAUCUGCCCUAUCCUGAGGCAAUCUUCCACAUCAGCUACUUCUCUCACACUCCAGAGCCAUUCUACGCGAUCGCACAAGCUCGCCAUCCCGGAAAUCUCAAGCCGACUAUCUCUCAUGCGUUUCUGGCACUCCUAGCGAAGAAGAAUGUGCUCCAUUUUGCCUUCACCCAGAAUAUCGACGGGCUUGAGCAGGACGCUGGUGUUCCAACAGAUAAGAUUCUCUGGGCCCAUGGGAACUGGAAGAGUCAGCAUUGUUGGAAAUGCAAGACCGAGUACCCUGACGAUCUGAUGAAAAAGGCGAUUCGCGAGGGCGAGGUGCCUUAUUGCCUGAAGGCUGAAUGUGGCGGCGCAGUCAAGCCUAAUGUCGUUUUCUUUGGUCAAUCCCUGCCCUUUGAGUUUGAUGAGAAACAGAAACUCGUGCCAGAGGCUGACCUUAUGCUUGUCAUGGGUACGAGUUUGAAGGUUGCGCCAUGUUCACAACUACCACGCCUCGUUAAAGAGGGGACUCCGAGACUUUUAAUCAAUAUGGAAAGAUCCGGAGAUAUCGGGAACAGGAAAGAGGAUGUAUGUCUUCUAGGCUCUUGUGACCAAGGUGUACGCAAAUUUGCGGAUGAGCUUGGCUGGAGAGAAGACCUGGAAGCCCUGUGGAAAGUCGCAGUGGAUUCAAUGAAAGACGAUCGAGAAUUCGAAGGGGGUCCAAGUCUUGAUGAGUGUAUCGCAAGAGUGGCGAGCCAGAUGGACGAACGACUCAAGAUUUCCGAAGGGCAUAAAAGGAUGUUGGAGGGCCACUUGAGUAACAAAUUAGCGCAAAUUAUGUCAAGACCUGCAUCGCAGCCUUGA